AUGCGGGGCCCGCUGGGCACCGAGGAGGAGCUGCCGCGGCUGUUCGCUGAGGAGAUGGAGAACGAGGACGAGAUGUCAGAAGAAGAAGAUGGUGGUCUCGAAGCCUUCGAUGACUUUUUUCCUGUGGAGCCCGUGAGCCUUCCCAAGAAGAAGAAGUCCAAGAAGCUCAAGGAGAACAAGUCCAAAGGGAAGCGAAAGAAGAAAGAGGAGCCCAAGUCCUCAGGGCAGCUCAUGGCUGAGUGGGGCCUGGAUGAUGUGGACUACCUGUUUUCGGAGGAGGACUACCACACGCUGACCAACUACAAGGCCUUCAGCCAAUUCCUCAGGCCACUCAUCGCUAAGAAGAACCCGAAGAUCCCCAUGUCCAAAAUGAUGACAGUCCUGGGUGCCAAGUGGCGGGAGUUCAGUGCCAACAACCCCUUCAAGGGCAGCUCAGCGGCCGCGGCUGCUGCAGCAGUUGCUGCGGCUGUAGAGACAGUCACCAUCGCCCCUCCUCUGGCUGUCAGCCCCCAGCAGGCACCCCAGCCUAUGCCUGUCCGCAAGGCCAAGACCAAAGAGGGCAAGGGCCCUGGAGUGAGGAAGAAGAUCAAAGGCUCCAAAGAUGGGAAGAAAAAGGGCAAGGGGAAAAAGGUGGCUGGGCUCAAGUUCCGCUUUGGAGGGAUCAGCAGCAAGAGGAAGAAAGGCUCCUCGAGUGAGGAGGACGAGCGGGAGGAGUCGGACUUCGACAGCGCCAGCAUCCACAGCUCCUCCAUGCGCUCUGAGUGCUCCACGGCCCUGGGCAAGAAGAGCAAGAGGCGUCGCAAGAAGAAGAGGAUUGAUGAUGGUGAUGGCUAUGAGACGGACCACCAGGACUACUGUGAGGUGUGCCAGCAGGGCGGUGAGAUCAUCCUGUGUGACACCUGCCCACGGGCCUACCAUCUAGUCUGCCUCGACCCAGAAUUGGAGAAGGCUCCCGAGGGCAAGUGGAGCUGCCCGCACUGUGAGAAGGAGGGGAUCCAGUGGGAGCCUAAGGAGGAUGACGAGGAGGAGGAGGAGGGCGGCUGCGAGGAGGAGGAGGAUGACCACAUGGAGUUCUGCCGCGUGUGCAAGGACGGUGGUGAGCUGCUGUGCUGUGAUGCCUGCCCGUCCUCUUACCAUCUGCACUGCCUCAACCCGCCGCUGGCCGAGAUCCCAAACGGUGAAUGGCUCUGCCCGCGCUGUACUUGCCCCCCACUGAAGGGCAAAGUCCAACGGAUUCUACACUGGAAGUGGACAGAGCCCCCGGCCCCUUUCAUGGUGGGGCUGCCAGGACCCGAGGUGGAGCCUGGCAUACCGCCGCCCAAGCCCCUGGAGGGCAUCCCGGAAAGAGAGUUCUUUGUCAAGUGGGCUGGGCUCUCCUACUGGCACUGCUCCUGGGUGAAGGAGCUGCAGCUGGAGCUAUACCACACGGUGAUGUACCGCAACUACCAAAGGAAGAAUGACAUGGACGAGCCGCCGCCCUUCGACUACGGCUCCGGUGACGAGGACGGCAAGAGUGAGAAGAGGAAGAACAAAGACCCCCUCUAUGCCAAGAUGGAGGAGCGCUUCUACCGCUACGGCAUCAAGCCCGAGUGGAUGAUGAUCCACCGUAUCCUGAACCACAGCUUCGAUAAGAAGGGGGACGUGCACUACCUGAUCAAGUGGAAAGACCUGCCCUACGACCAGUGCACGUGGGAGAUCGACGACAUCGACAUCCCCUACUACGACAACCUGAAGCAGGCCUACUGGGGCCACAGGGAGCUGAUGUUGGGGGAGGACGCUAGGCUGCCCAAGAGGCUGAUCAAGAAGGGCAAGAAGCUGCGGGACGACAAGCAGGAGAAGCCGCCGGACACACCCAUCGUGGACCCUACAGUCAAGUUUGACAAGCAGCCGUGGUACAUCGACUCUACCGGGGGCACGCUGCACCCGUACCAGCUGGAAGGCCUCAACUGGCUGCGCUUCUCCUGGGCCCAGGGCACCGACACCAUCUUGGCCGACGAGAUGGGUCUGGGCAAGACAGUGCAGACCAUCGUCUUCCUCUACUCCCUGUACAAGGAGGGCCAUUCCAAGGGGCCCUACCUGGUCAGUGCGCCCCUGUCCACCAUCAUCAACUGGGAACGUGAGUUUGAGAUGUGGGCGCCCGACUUCUACGUGGUCACCUACACGGGGGACAAGGAGAGCCGCUCGGUGAUCCGCGAGAACGAGUUCUCCUUUGAGGACAACGCCAUUCGGAGUGGGAAGAAGGUGUUCCGUAUGAAGAAAGAAGUGCAGAUCAAGUUCCACGUCCUGCUGACCUCCUACGAGCUUAUCACCAUCGACCAGGCCAUCCUGGGCUCUAUCGAGUGGGCCUGUCUCGUGGUGGACGAGGCCCACCGGCUCAAGAACAACCAGUCCAAGUUCUUUAGGGUCCUGAACAGCUACAAGAUCGAUUACAAGCUGCUGCUUACAGGGACCCCCCUUCAGAAUAACCUGGAGGAACUAUUCCAUCUCCUCAACUUCCUGACCCCAGAGAGGUUCAACAACCUGGAGGGCUUCCUGGAAGAGUUUGCCGACAUCUCCAAGGAAGACCAGAUCAAGAAGCUGCAUGACCUGCUGGGGCCACACAUGCUCAGGCGGCUCAAGGCUGAUGUCUUCAAGAACAUGCCGGCCAAGACCGAGCUCAUUGUCCGUGUGGAGCUCAGCCAGAUGCAGAAGAAGUACUACAAGUUCAUCCUCACACGGAACUUCGAGGCGCUGAACUCCAAGGGGGGCGGGAACCAGGUGUCACUGCUCAAUAUCAUGAUGGACCUGAAGAAGUGCUGCAACCACCCCUAUCUCUUCCCCGUGGCCGCCGUGGAAGCCCCUGUCUUGCCUAACGGCUCGUACGAUGGCAGUUCCCUGGUCAAGUCCUCGGGGAAGCUCAUGCUGCUGCAGAAGAUGCUGAAGAAGCUGCGUGACGAGGGGCACCGCGUGCUCAUCUUCUCCCAGAUGACCAAGAUGCUGGACCUCCUGGAGGAUUUCCUGGAGUACGAAGGUUACAAGUAUGAGCGGAUUGAUGGUGGCAUCACCGGGGGCCUCCGGCAGGAGGCCAUCGACAGGUUCAACGCCCCUGGGGCGCAACAGUUCUGCUUCCUCCUCUCCACCCGGGCGGGCGGCCUGGGCAUCAACCUCGCCACGGCAGACACGGUCAUCAUCUAUGACUCAGACUGGAACCCGCACAAUGACAUCCAGGCCUUCAGCCGCGCCCACCGCAUCGGGCAGAACAAGAAGGUGAUGAUCUACCGCUUCGUGACGCGGGCCUCGGUGGAGGAGCGCAUUACACAGGUGGCCAAGCGCAAGAUGAUGCUCACGCACCUCGUGGUGCGGCCCGGCCUGGGCUCCAAGUCGGGCUCCAUGACCAAGCAGGAGCUGGAUGACAUCCUCAAGUUCGGCACCGAGGAGCUCUUCAAGGAUGAUGUAGAGGGCAUGAUGUCACAGGGCCAGAGGCCUGCCACACCCAUCCCUGAUGUCCAGUCCUCCAAAGGGGGUGCCCUGGCUGCCAGCGCAAAGAAGAAGCAUGGGAGCACCCCACCAGGUGACAACAAGGACGUGGAGGACAGCAGUGUGAUACACUAUGACGAUGCGGCCAUCUCCAAGCUGCUGGACAGGAACCAGGAUGCCACAGAUGACACGGAGCUGCAGAACAUGAAUGAGUACCUGAGUUCCUUCAAGGUGGCGCAGUAUGUGGUGCGCGAGGAGGACGGUGUGGAGGAGGUGGAGCGUGAGAUCAUCAAGCAGGAGGAGAAUGUGGACCCCGACUACUGGGAGAAGCUGCUCCGGCACCACUACGAGCAGCAGCAGGAGGACCUGGCCCGGAACCUGGGCAAGGGCAAGCGGAUCCGCAAGCAGGUCAACUACAAUGACGCCUCCCAGGAGGACCAGGAGUGGCAGGAUGAGCUCUCCGAUAACCAGUCUGAGUAUUCCAUCGGUUCUGAGGAUGAGGAUGAGGACUUUGAGGAGCGUCCGGAAGGGCAGAGUGGACGGCGACAGUCCAGGAGGCAGCUGAAGAGCGACAGAGAUAAGCCCCUGCCUCCUCUUCUUGCUCGAGUUGGGGGCAACAUCGAGGUGUUGGGCUUCAAUGCUCGGCAGCGGAAAGCCUUUCUGAAUGCCAUCAUGCGCUGGGGCAUGCCCCCCCAGGACGCCUUCAACUCCCAUUGGCUGGUGCGGGACCUUCGUGGGAAGAGUGAGAAGGAGUUUAGAGCCUAUGUGUCCCUCUUCAUGCGGCACCUGUGUGAGCCGGGGGCGGAUGGCGCGGAGACCUUCGCGGACGGCGUGCCCCGGGAGGGCCUCUCCAGGCAGCACGUGCUCACCCGCAUCGGGGUCAUGUCACUAGUUAGGAAGAAGGUUCAAGAGUUUGAGCACGUCAACGGGAAGUACAGCACCCCAGACCUGAUCCCCGAGGGGCCUGAGGGCAAGAAGCCUGGCGAGGUCAUCUCCUCUGACCCCAACACACCAGUGCCUGCCAGCCCCGCCCACCUCCCACCAGCCCCGCUGGGCCUGCCAGACAAAAUGGAAGCCCAUCUGGGGUACAUGGAUGAGAAGGAGCUGGGGGUGCAGAAGCCAAAGAAGCUGCUGGAAGUCCAGGCCCUGGACAGAGCAGAGGGUGAGGACAAGCAUGAGAGCUCAGUCAGCAAGGAGAGAGCCCGAGAGGAGCGGCCAGAGGAAGCUGACAAGGUCCAACCCUCUCCAGAGCAGCUACCAAAAGAGGAAGUGCUUCCCGAGAAGGAGAAGAUUCUGGACAAGCUGGAACUGAGCUUGAUCCACAGCAGAGGGGACAGUGGCGAUCUCAGGCCAGAUGACACCAAGGCUGAGGAGAAGGAGUCCAUAGACACACAGCAAAAUGGGGACAAAGAGGAAAAUGAGGAGGGGCAGAAGGAGGACAAGCAUGGAAAGUUCAAAUUCAUGUUCAACAUUGCAGAUGGGGGCUUCACAGAGCUGCACACGCUAUGGCAGAAUGAGGAGCGAGCUGCUGUGUCCUCGGGGAAGAUCUACGAUAUCUGGCACCGGCGCCAUGACUACUGGCUGCUGGCGGGCAUCGUGACGCACGGCUAUGCCCGCUGGCAGGACAUCCAGAAUGACCCAAGAUACAUGAUCCUCAACGAGCCCUUCAAGUCUGAGAUCCACAAGGGCAACUACCUGGAGAUGAAGAACAAGUUCCUGGCUCGCAGGUUCAAGCUGCUGGAGCAGGCGCUGGUCAUUGAGGAGCAGCUCAGGAGGGCGGCAUACCUCAACAUGACCCAGGACCCCAACCAUCCAGCCAUGGCCCUCAAUGCCCGCCUUGCCGAGGUGGAGUGCCUUGCUGAGAGCCACCAGCAUCUGUCCAAGGAGUCCCUUGCUGGGAACAAGCCUGCCAAUGCCGUCCUACACAAGGUCCUGAACCAGCUGGAGGAACUGCUGAGUGACAUGAAGGCUGAUGUUACCCGCCUGCCCUCCAUGCUGUCCCGCAUACCCCCGGUGGCCGCCCGCCUACAGAUGUCUGAACGCAGCAUCCUGAGCCGCCUAACCAACCGGGCUGGUGACCCCACCAUCCAGCAGGGCGCUUUCGGCUCCUCCCAGAUGUACAACAAUAACUUUGGGCCCAACUUCCGGGGCCCUGGACCGGGAGGGAUUGUCAACUACAACCAGAUGCCCCUGGGGCCCUAUGUGACCGAUAUCUAG